CCGUGCUCCUUUCAAUUGUUGCAUUUAAACCAAUAAGGUUAGGACAAGAGAAUAGCUGUGGUUUGCGUUGCAAAAACAAAAAAAGCCCCGAGGCUCCACGGGCAGACCUACAAGGCUGCGCAAACAAAUCGGGGAUGAGAUGGUGCUGUUUCUUUGUCUGGGCUUCUCAGAUGCUAUCUGCUGCUGCUGUUGAGAAGGAAAGAGCGCGGGGCUCAAAGCGGUGACCAAACACAACGGUGGGAGCUGAUGGCUCCGAGUUUGGGGCGAGGUAGAAACUCUCCAGUGCCACUUCCGACUCUAAGCCUUCCUGUUGCCGUCCAGUGUGGCGGUUUUCUUGCCGGGGCCCGCGUGUGCGCUCAGUCGCUCGGCAGCCCGAGCCUGCAGCAGCGGCCAGGCGGCGGUCCCCGCGGCCCGGCGUCCCCACGCCGACGCGCUCCGCUGGCAGCAGCGCCGGGCUCGGCUGGGAGCCCCUAAGAGCUCUCCCGCGUCCCCUGCCCAGGAGCCCAGCUAUGUCAGGCAUGGAGGUUUGCUAAAGCAGAAAAUUCGGAGGAGCCCAUUAAACUGGUGGAUGCAGCAGAUGUAAGCGCUGUGCAAACAUCUCAAACCAGUUCAGAUGUUGCUGUUUCCUCGAGGUGCAGGUCUAUGGAAAUGCAGGAUCUAACCAGCCCGCAUAGCCAUCUGAGUGGUAGUCGUGACUCCCCCAAACUCGAUAACUCUCAUAUAAAUAGUAAUUCCAUGACUCCCAAUGGCACAGAAGUUAAAACAGAGCCAAUGAGCAGCAGUGAAAUAGUUUCAACAACAGCAGACGGGUCUUUAGACAAUUUCUCAGGUUCAGCCAUUGGGAGCAGUAGCUUCAGCCCAAGACCAAGUCACCAAUUCUCCCCACCACAGAUUUAUCCUUCCAAACCAUACCCACAUAUUCUCCCUACCCCUUCCUCACAAACUAUGGCUGCAUAUGGGCAAACACAGUUUACCACAGGAAUGCAACAAGCUACAGCAUAUGCCACAUACCCACAGCCGGGACAGCCCUAUGGAAUUUCCUCCUACGGCAUCAAGACUGAAGGUGGAUUGUCACAGUCUCAGUCACCUGGACAGACAGGAUUUCUCAGCUAUGGCACAAGCUUUGGUACCCCUCAACCUGGACAGGCACCAUACAGCUACCAGAUGCAAGGUAGCAGUUUUACAACAUCAUCAGGAUUAUACACAGGAAAUAAUUCACUCACAAAUUCCUCUGGAUUUAACAGUUCACAGCAGGACUAUCCAUCUUAUCCCAGCUUCGGCCAGGGUCAGUACGCACAGUAUUAUAACAGCUCUCCAUAUCCAGCACAUUAUAUGACAGGCAGCAACACCAGCCCUACGACGCCGUCCACAAACGCCACUUACCAGCUUCAGGAACCACCAUCUGGCAUCACCAGCCAAGCAGUUACCGAUCCCGCAGCAGAGUACAGUACAAUCCACAGCCCAUCGACACCCAUUAAAGAUUCAGAUUCUGAUCGAUUGCGUCGAGCUUCGGAUGGGAAGUCACGUGGACGGGGCCGAAGAAACAAUAAUCCUUCUCCUCCCCCAGAUUCUGAUCUUGAGAGGGUGUUCAUCUGGGACUUAGAUGAGACAAUCAUCGUUUUCCAUUCCUUGCUGACUGGGUCCUAUGCCAACAGAUAUGGGAGGGAUCCACCUACUUCAGUUUCCCUCGGACUACGAAUGGAAGAAAUGAUUUUCAACUUGGCAGACACGCAUCUAUUUUUUAAUGACCUAGAAGAAUGUGACCAAGUUCAUAUAGAUGAUGUCUCUUCGGAUGACAAUGGACAAGACCUAAGCACAUAUAACUUUGGAACAGAUGGCUUUCCUGCUGCAGCAACCAGCGCUAAUUUAUGCUUGGCAACUGGUGUGCGGGGCGGUGUAGACUGGAUGAGAAAGUUGGCCUUCCGCUACAGACGAGUAAAAGAGAUCUACAAUACCUACAAAAAUAAUGUUGGAGGGCUGCUUGGUCCGGCCAAGAGGGAAGCCUGGUUGCAGCUGAGGGCUGAGAUUGAAGCCCUCACCGACUCGUGGUUGACACUGGCCCUGAAAGCACUCACGCUCAUCCACUCCCGGACAAACUGUGUUAAUAUUUUAGUAACAACUACUCAGCUGAUCCCAGCAUUGGCAAAAGUCCUGCUUUAUGGAUUAGGAAUUGUAUUUCCAAUAGAAAAUAUUUACAGUGCAACUAAAAUAGGAAAGGAAAGCUGUUUUGAAAGGAUAAUUCAAAGGUUUGGGAGAAAAGUGGUGUAUGUUGUCAUAGGAGAUGGUGUGGAAGAGGAGCAAGGAGCAAAGAAGCACGCCAUGCCCUUCUGGAGGGUCUCCAGUCACUCGGACCUCAUGGCCCUACAUCAUGCCUUGGAACUGGAGUACCUGUAAUAGCCACAGAGCACUUUGAAGCCACACCACCGCCCCGUAACCAGGAACAAAUCCAGCAGGCUUGAGUCCUGCGUUGGCACCGGACUCCAGACUGACCAUUUCAACCUACCGAUGCCCAGCCGCCUGCCGUGGGUCGGCACCGCCACCCUUGUGGUACAGGGAGGACGACCUCCCUUUCUUCAAAAUGGCUGUUGACUCUAGUACUGUGAAUCCGAUGAAAGCAAGCCAUGAGAAUGUUCUAGCACCGUGGUGAGGUGUCUUGGCCACAUGAACUACAUGGUUCAAACCUGUGAAGAAAGGACCUGCAGACGCUGACGUUUUUAGCAUCUUCAAUGUGACAUGAACAGCUUCUCCAAUGCAGCAAACUUGAUUGCACAACAAAGACUAAAAUGGGUUUCCUGAAUACCAGUGGGGGGGAGUUUUCUUGGAAAAGGUUUACUUUUUUGGUGUCUCAUACCCAGGGUGAUCUCUAUAUCUCUACUUAUUUAUGAACAGACUUUUUAAAAAAAUAAAAAUAAAACAGCUUUAUCGAGGUAUACUUCAAGGACCCUGCCGUUCACUCGAACAGAUGACUUUGACAUCAAAUAACUGAAGAGGUAAUAGCAUGAGAGAGAAGCGAUGGAAGGCCUUGGCCUCACGACAUAGCAAGGACUUUGAAUUUUAGCACAUUGCAAAGUAGUUUAAAAUAUGUCUAAUUUAAGCGUAUAAUAUGUACAUCACUGAGACAAUCAUGUACAGAAAGAAUUUUUGGUGUAAAUUUGUAAUAAUGGAUGAUUCUUUUACAUAUUGUUUAGGAAAAUGAUAUUGAAAGGUAGCAAUGCCUUGAUAGUGCAGAGUGAGGCAGUACGUAACAAAAGACGUGCAGUGCCUUAUCGAAGUACUGGGUAUAAAUAUGUAGAUAAUGGAUUUCUUUUUUUUUUUUUAGAUAAUGUUGUCAAGACCAAAAGCAUGGAUGUCAAGUGUCUAUAGGAUUUUGUUUUCCAAUCCCCCCCUUUUCCUUUUUGUUUAAUGCUGUUAGGAGGACCUCUGUAAAAUUACACAGCAGUGUCUUAAAUAAUUUGGGGGGGAAAAACAGUCCUCUUGCAACCUCACUUUUUUGUUUUCAAUACUAAUGUAUUAUAUGUAACUACUUGGAAAAAAGUGAUUAUUCAAGUGCUUCUUCCCACAAAGAAUGUAGAUGAUAGAUAUAUUUUAUUAAUGAAACGGUUCAUGAAUUGGACACUUAACUAGCCAAGUUCUUAUAUGCUCAGAAGACAAUGUCUGCAUUUUCUUUUUAAGGAAGGACGUUACCACAUAUCUGGAAAUCAGCAAAACUGUAUUACUUCCUACAUUCAUGUUCUCUUAUUUUUAUCCACACCUUUCUCCCAGUCCCCUUUCCCCCACCCCACCCUCCCAGGAAAGUUCAUUGUCACCAGUGGACAUGGCCCCAUCAGCAUCACCCAGGAGAUAAUGUGACUUUUCACCCUCAUUAUGAAUUACACAGACAAGCAUAAAUCUGGGAAAUAAAAACCCUUCACUUUAUAUUACCCUAAGAAAGUUUCUCCAGAAGUGAUCAGUUAGCUUAGCUAGGCACUUAGUUCUUCUCAUCUAAAGCCUUCCAUUGUCAUGAAAUUACUUUUUGGAACAAUUUUCUUGACUAUUUUAUUUGGGGGGGGGGGACACAAGCUUUGACCCAAAGUAGCUAAAGAACUAUUCUUUUUCUGAAGCCUCAUGUUGCUGCUAGAAUUAGUCAGUUGUGAAUCCUCCAAAUUGUUUAAUCAUUGAAUUCAGUUUUUUUUUUCUCUUUUGUUUGAAGCAAACAGAAAUUGACAGGUUUUUUUAGCCUUUCCAUUUUACGUUUUUGUACUCUGCAGGUGGAAAAGACAAAAGUUUAUCUUGACCUUACUGUCUAAAGGUGUGUCGUGUCCACAACUGUGUACAGAAUUUUUCUUCAUUAAAUUUGUGUUUAAAUUAAUAAAACUGA